GAAGAGUGCAAAAGAGGGAAGAGAGAGAGAGGAAUGCACACAUUAUUGUCAAUGUCAAGUCUUAGGGUUUUUGUCACCGCCCUGGCUAUUGCCCUGCUAGUGACAAUGGGCAGAGUUGCACCUGAUCAAGCCGAGGCAGCUCGUGCUUUCUUCGUGUUUGGAGAUUCCCUUGUAGAUAAUGGCAACAACAACUACUUAUUAACCACCGCAAGAGCCAACUCUCCGCCGUACGGCAUCGAUUAUCCGACCCACCAACCGACGGGCCGCUUCUCCAAUGGCCUCAACCUCCCUGACAUUAUCAGUGAGAAAAUUGGGUCAGAGCCCACGUUGCCAUACUUGAGCCCCGAGCUCACCGGACAAAAAUUACUAGUCGGUGCCAACUUUGCUUCUGCCGGCAUCGGAAUCCUCAACGAUACAGGAAUCCAGUUUAUAAACAUUAUAAGAAUCUGGAAGCAGUUGGAGUUGUUCCAAGAGUACCAGCGAAGGCUGAGAGAGCACAUCGGAGAAGCUCAGGCGCAGCGGCUGGUGAACAAUGCUCUUGUCCUCAUAACACUCGGUGGCAACGACUUUGUUAACAACUAUUUCUUGGUACCUUUCUCAGCAAGGUCUCGCCAAUUCUCCAUCCCCGAUUACUGCCGCUACCUCAUCUCCGAGUACCGGAAAAUCCUAAUGAGGGUUUACGAGCUGGGAGGCCGGAGAGUGAUGGUGACGGGAACUGGGCCGCUAGGGUGUGCGCCGGGUGAGCUAGCCUUGAGGAGCAGGAACGGGGAGUGUGCGUCGGAGUUGCAACAGGCAGCAAUCAUUUUCAACCCGGAGCUCGCCCAACUCAUUCAACAACUCAACAUCGAGCUCCGAGCAGAUGUCUUUGUUUCUGCCAAUGCCUUCCAGAUGAACAUGGACUUCAUCAACAACCCCCAAGCAUUUGGUUUUGCAACAUCAAAAGUAGCAUGUUGUGGGCAAGGGCCGUACAAUGGGAUAGGGCAAUGCAAACCAUUGUCAAACCUCUGCCCUAACCGGAGCAUCUACGCAUUUUGGGACGCUUUUCAUCCAUCCGAACGUGCAAACCGCCUCAUCGUCGAGCAGAUCAUGACUGGCUCUACCAACUACAUGAACCCAAUGAACCUAACCACUCUUUUGGCAAUGCAUUCCAACCACUAAUUAUAUUAUAUUAUAUUUUAUAUAUAUA